AUGAGCGCAGACAGCGCUCCGUGUCCGCCCUUCAUGGUGAUGCAGCGGCCGCUGGGAAGCAGCACUGCCUUCAGCAUUGACUCUCUGAUCGGGGGCCCCCCUCAGCCCAGCCCGGGGCCCUUCGUCUACACCGGAUACCCCAUGUUCAUGCCGUACCGGUCCGUGGUGCUGCAGCCGCCUCCCCCGCCGCCCCCCGCGCUGCAGCAGCCUCUCCCCGCGGGUCACCACGCUCACCCGCAGAUCUCCAGCCUGCAGAGCGGCUUCUGCUCCAGCCUGACGCAGAGCCUGACGCACGGCAUGGCGCUCACCUCCACGCUCAUGGCGUCCCUGCCCGGAGGAUUCUCCCCGUCCCAGCACAAGUUCUCCUCUCAGACUCUGCACUUUGACAAGAGCCAGGACCCGCGGCACGACGACGACAAGAGGGAGUCCACGGGGCUGCAGCCGCUCCACGACACGGACACGGCGCUGCACGCGUCCGCAGGCAGAGCUCUCAGUAAAGAAGACUCGAAGGAGGACGAGUGCGCCCGUAAAGACGAGACCUUCUCCAUGGACAGUGACCUGGACUACAGCUCAGACGAUAACCUCACCUCCAUGUGUCACAAAGACGACGGGGACGGCGGAGGCCUGGAUGACGGCCUGCACGCUCACGGCCCCGGCGCCGGCGGAGGCUCCGGUACGGGCGGAGGAGGAGGAGGAGGGGGGAAGAACCGGCGGAGGAGGACGGCGUUCACCAGUGAGCAGCUGCUGGAGCUGGAGAAGGAGUUCCACUGUAAGAAGUACCUGUCGUUAACCGAGCGCUCGCAGAUCGCGCACGCGCUCAAGCUGAGCGAGGUGCAGGUCAAGAUCUGGUUCCAGAACCGCCGCGCCAAGUGGAAACGCGUCAAAGCCGGGAACGUCAACAACAAGUCCGGAGAGCCGUCGAGGAACCCCAAAAUAGUGGUUCCUAUCCCGGUGCACGUGAGUCGCUUCGCUAUCAGGAGUCAGCACCAGCAGAUGGAGCAGAACAGACCGUAG